UGUUGAUGAAAAAUGUUAAAAGUUGUAUGUUCUAAACCAACACGUGAUAAUGUGUCUCUUAUUGUAGUCAUGAGACCGCCACUUACAACUUCAGUCUCCACAAAGGAUACUUAUGAUUAUGUAUAUGUCCCAUUACUGUGUGAGCUGAAGUCCAAGGGCCAAGAAUUUCCCUUAACAUUAGUAUGGUAGUGGAAAUAUGGACUGGGUUGGUUACUGUUUCAAACUGGCAUGUAAAAUUUUAGGAACAGACAUGUUUGUUGGAGACUAAGAGGCCAAGAACCAACGCGUAGCAAUGUACCAUUCCUGCAUUGAGAAGGGAGAUGAGACAAUUAAACCUGCCUUUAGUCCAGAAAUGCCAACUACAGCCUGGACAUGGAAGAAUGCUCCUGGGAACCUCACUUGUGAAGUGGAAGGAGACCCAAGACCCACGGUUAAAUGGUUUACUAUUCCUAAUGAAAGUGGAGAAAGAACACAAAUUUCUGAAGGAGGAUUUUACUCAUUCAGCACCAAGUAUAAGGGAUUAAAUACUGUUAUUAGUACUUUAAGAGUUGUCUAUGAUUUCAGCACACCACUAGGAGAAUAUCUUUGUAAAGCCACAAUUAAUUUAGGGAGCACUAACAGAACAAUUAGACUGAGGAAAGCAGAUUCCAUAGCCCUUUGGAGUGGUGAUACUUUUUCACUAGUACUCAGGGGAAUGUUGCACCGUUGAUUUCUACAAGACUUAUUUGGUUGCCUUUAAUGCAACGCAGGACUAUUCUAACGAAAAAUUACCGAAAUAUGGGAACCAAGUCGUCGGCAUGAACAAGCUUAAAUCUAUGAUGAAAGUGAUCUGUACCAAAACAGAAAUAUCAGGAAAAUAAAGCGACCAAUCUGGGAAAUGCACGUGCCUCAUCGAGUGAGAAAAGAAAGCGCAAGGAGAUGGAAGACAAUACAUGGAAACUGAAAAUAAUGUUUGUCGUCCAAAGAAAAUGUCCCUGUCCAUCACUUCCGAAAGUUUUUGCGAUAUGAAUAAUAGACAGCAUUUUCAAAUUUGUAAUAUUUCUUUCAAUAUUUGAAAUGUAAAUAUUUAAAAUGCAAGAUAAAGACAACAUUUGGCAAGAUUCAGUUUACUUGUUGCCAGUGCUCCCACUGGACCAGAAUUCCCUUUCGGCACAAAUAAUCACAUGCUUUACAAUUAUUUCCAUCAUAUUAUAUAUUAUUUUAUUCAUUACACUUAUUUUAGCAUUUUGAAUCAGUUACAUUACUUAAUCAUAUCCAGCUACCAUACUUAAACACUUCUUUCUGAAAUAAUAAGUUGAUUUGUUUGAUAAAUUCUAUUAUGGAAAUCAAAAUUCAGAUAAUAAAUCAUAUAAAUAUAAACUUCAUGAUGCUACACCCCUCCGUGAAAACAUUGUGUACAUUGGCCGAAAUACAGAUGUCACAAAACAUCAAGCCCAAUUUAGAGUCGUAUCUCAACCAUUCCCUAUUAAAUUUCCGUUUUUGUAUGGAAGAUUUUGCAAUUUGGAGAGAAUCAGAUGUUUGAGCAGGUGGGGUUGACUGUAAAGCCAAACAUAGAUAUUUUUUAAUUUUAGACUGACUAGGGUCAGAAGCUACAAGUUUAGUGUCAAAAUAGAAUGGGGUGCAUAGUCUUAUGAGAUUAGCAUUUUUAUACUUUUGCGCACCGAACUUCAAAGAAAAUUAUUUAUUAAAAUUGCUAUGUCCAUAUCAAUGGUGACCGACCGCAUUGUUUAUGAAAUAUUCGAACUAAAAUCAAACACAUCAAAAUCAAAAUCUUGUAAUCAACAAGUUUGGCCGCAAAAACAAACAAUUGAUGUAUUCAUAUAUACAUUAUACACAAUAAUACGGCCAAUUUAAUUACCGGUCGGUUCUCUGGUUAAGAAUUGACAUUAAUGUGGAGAUGAUAACACGAUAAUGAAUAAGACUUUAAAUGUUAAACAAUUGACCACAGCAGGGUAAACAGCUGUCCGAUGUACUUUAUGUGAUAAUCACCGACUUUUUUGCAGCCAUAAAUUACCUGAGGCUGUGACCAGCUCUGUGUGCACUGGAGCGACGCGAGAUUUCCGGUCGCACGUGUUGACUGAAUAAACAGAUUUUGACUGCAUAAACAAACAGGCGAUAAUGUGUCACUGACAAAGGAUUAGAAAUACAAUUUAUUGCAAAAAGGGAUUUUCGCCACUUUCAAUUUUUUUUCGCCAUUGGCGAAAAUGGCGAAGCCCAGCUCGAGCACUGCUUGUUGCAAGCAUUAAUAAAAAUGUUGUUAAAGAUUGUUUCCCUUCAUUCAGAAGGAGCUGGAACUUCUGUAAUACAGUUACAUAUACAUGUA